GAAAAAGUGAAUCACUGUGCGUAUGCACCGUCGUAUUAAUGGCUUCACUUUUAACAGCUGUUUUUAAAGCGACUGUUGGUUUGCUUGUGCAAAAAGGCCUCGAUGCUGCAGCCGAAAAGCUAAAGCAAGGAGAUAUUACUGAUCAAAAAUUGCGUGAUGUGAUUGUUCGAGAAAUCCAUGAUGUCAAAUCGAAGCUGGAUGGCCUGGCAAGGAAAGAUCUCCUGUCGGCAAUCGACUUCUUUGAAGAAGGAAUUACUUUAUUGUAUGAUCUGCCUCAAUUGGAGUGCUCACCAGGGUACGAUGCUGAAGAUAAUGUGGUUUCUCUACCUCAGGCAAUGUCCAACUUGAAACUGACCCAAAGCAUGGAUCAAGCCUCAACACCAACUCUUUCUAGAGCCAAGAAAAGGUUCGAAGAUUCUCGUAGGAAAGCAACAGAAGCGUUUAAUGACGAAGCAUUAAAACCUUCCGACCGCAUCGUGGCAAUGGGAUACCGAGUUAUGGCUACGGUGCUGGAAACAGUAGACAAUCCUACAGCCGCUUUAUCAGCUUGCAGAUUGUGCAUUGAAAGAUUGCACUCACUACCAGCGGUUCAAAAUUGUUUUUCCGUCGAACUUAAGAAGGGUCUUCGUGGCUGGUUCAGCAAAGAUGAACGCAGAGAAAUCAUUACAGCUAUAUGUCGUGUAAAUCGCGUCAUCUAUGAUGUAACGUGUAUCGUUUAUGGCUUUGGCAACAAAGAAUUACAAGACAUCACACAAACCUGGCCUUGUAUUAAUAUUGACAACGGAAAUAUGAAUGUUAAUCCAAUGAUUGAUGAAAGGGUUGCUAAUUCUCUACGAAAGCGAGGAAUGAACCACUUCUCCGCGCGCUGGUCAUUUGGUCAGGAAGGGGAAGAGAAACAGAGGCUGAAGCAGCCUGGUGGAAUGGCAACAAACACGCAGGGAGGCUUUAUUGUUACUGACUAUAAAGAUUGUAACGUAAAGGCGUUUGACAGCACUGGCAAGUUUUUAUACUCAUUCUACCCCGGGACUAACGAGAAGGCAAAAGAUUACAAAGGUGGAUUAAUUCAUGAUGUGGCGACUGACAAGAAAGACAAUAUCUACGUUCUGCUGACACUCAAGAUGCCUGGAGCUGACGAAGAAGAGUCUUUUGUAUACUUAAAAACGUCGGAUCAAUUUCUUCCUCUCAGGGGUGGGUUCAGGUCAUGGUCUUUUGGAUGUUCUUCACUCGCAAUAAGCGACAACGACAAAGUGCUGGUACGCGGAGGGAUGAUUGGCGGGCACUACGUGGUUGACGUGUACGAGAAAGACGGCCAGUUUGUUAAUCGUUUUGGAGAAGGCAUCUUGAAAGGCGCUUCAUCCAUUGCCGCUGCUAAUGACGGAUGUAUCAUAGUAGCGGACCACGAGGGUGAUUCGCAUCAUGUUUACACCUUUAGUGAAGAGGGAAAACGGCUUUCUAAGUUCAUUGUGCGAAAAUCGUACCACUACCCUCAAACGACGUUCCAUCAAGCGAGUGAACAUUUCGUUGUAGCUGGUAUUGAAAGAGGAGCAGAACGUCGCCUGCAAAUCGUGAUUUACUCCAAAAAUGGCGAAAUUGUGCGAAGCAUUGAGCACAACGAAACUGAUGUAGUUUACUUACGAGGUAUUGCAGUUAGUGCGGAUGGUCGCAUAGCUGUGGUGUAUAAACAAGCAAGCGAGUUCAAGAUACUUGUGGUAUGAAUUGAUAUAAACUAGGGCGCUUACCAUUCGUCAGAACUGGCCGACCAGACCAAUGCAGUUGUAAAGAGAAUUCCUUUAUAUAUCAGUACUAGCUUAUUAUAGGAAAUCAACGCGAAUUUCGAAAAUUCGCAUUAUUUCAAGUCGCGUUAAUUUUUUUAAACGUUAAUUUCCAUUAUUUUCGCCCCAAACUCUCGUCGAUUUACAUUUGACAUUCUUGACACCUUGGAAAGAGUGGUAUUUUAUGAGGGUGAAGACCCGCCAGUAUCGGUUAAAUUGUGAAGCAGAUCCCUCAAAGAGACCAGAUUUCUUUGCUUGACUCCCUCCCUACGUUUGGGGAAAGUACCAAGAACAAAGUCUCGAUUACGGAUUGCAAGUUAUUAACUUUGUUCCUCUUGUCUCAACAAGUUUGGUUUCUUAGUUGUGAACGUCGCGUUAAUUUCCUUCAUUUCAAAAUGGUAUCCUCUCUUUCGCGUUAAUUUCCUUUGUUGUUGUUUUACAUUAAAUUCGCGGUAAUUUAAGUUCCAAUUCCUUAAUUUCAUGGAGCGGUAAUUUCCUAUAAUAAGGUAUUCACUCAUAUGAUACGUGGUAUGCACCGAAAUGACAGUUUUAGUGAAAAUUUGGAGAAAAGACUAAUCUUUCAUUCUGAAAAUCACCGGUCCGGCCGGCACCUGUGUUCUGACUUUUGGUAAGCACCCUCAGACUUGUGUAGAGUAGCUGUAGUAAGCAUAGAACAGACGUCAGGCGAGAAGAGGGGCCACCUACUGGAUCCAGCGGAGCUGAGUUUUAAAAGAUGAAUUACUUUUUUAACGUUUUAUCUCCCCAGAAUGCAGAAUCUAUAGGACUGUCUUGGAUUCCCUUGCGUUAAAAACAUAAUUGAUAAUGGAAUUCACGCCAUGGGUUAUCCGGGUUUUUUGUCAGUGGAACUUGGAUUAAGGAUUCCAAAUUCCUUGACCCGUAUUUCGGAUUAAAAAAACCAGGGCUCCGAAUUCCACAAGCAAAAUGUUUCGAAUUCCUGAUUCUUCAGGCAAAAAUUUCCCGGAUUCCCUUACGUGGGGCGAGUUUUGCCCUGUAAACUAUAUAUCGUUAUCACCUUGCACAGUUAAUAUGCCCACUGCCGGAUCGAAUAGAUUGAACAGGUUUCCGGCUCAUAUCUCCUUAUGGAAACCGUAUUCAAAUCGUCGUUUCAUGAAAAUAAAAAAAAAAAGCUAGCCAUUUCCUCUUUGGCCCAAAACCCAAGCGGAAAAGCGAAGCUUUCCGAGCGAGGCACGUAAUGCAGAGUAUAAAUACUUACAUGGACAAAGUAAGCCGAUCAUGGCAUCUUUCAUGUACGUCCUUAGACCAGGAAGUAUUAUGUUGUUUACCGCUGAAACUGAAACGCGAGGAUAACGUGAUGGACGUUAAUCACUGUCAGAGGUUCUUAACGAGUUUAAUGUUCUUACGACAAACAAAACUGACCAGGUGACUCAAGUUUCCCUCCAUUUUUCGUUUACUGUUUAUUUAUCUACACAAAAAUAAUGGUUCGUUCCACUUUCAUCCGUAAAUCCAUAAAUGUUAUUUUGAACAGUUUUUAUUUGCUUUUUUUUUCCAAUUUGAGAAACUGUCAUCUUGAAUCUGCCGUUUGCCGCAAACGAGAUUCUAGAAUUUUUGCGGGGUUAAGUAUUACUAAACACAAGAAAUUUUAAUCUUAAGUACAGUGUACGUAACGUUUCUGGAUAUUUCAAACAUCCCAUCAAGCUUAAGAACCUUUAAGUUUGAAAGUUGUUAAAAGAGUUGAAGUUUGAAUAAUCUGGGUUACAUUCGUGCACGCUUCACUCUUGUGACUUUAAAACUUAACGGUUCUCACUCCCGAUCUUGAUAAUAAUGACGUUCGAAACCUUAAGGUUAAUUUUUCUUGUUAUAUGCUUAGCUUUAACAGGCAACUGACCGUCGGUUCUCGAAAGUAAAAUCGCUCUCAAAUAGAGUCAACAAAGUAUCCUCGGCUGCUAGAUAGAAGCUUCAUUUAAUAUAUCCUUUCUGUUCAGGGGUAUAUAGUUUUCGGUUUCAGUCUAGGCAGUUUUACUACUUUUUAUACUAUUUUCUUGUUGAAUACGUGUACGUUGUAGUUUCAAGUUACCCUUGCUCUAAUUUUUAUUCAGUCCCUUUGUCUUUUAUUUCAGUUACAAAUGUGUAUCAUGAAGUGUAUUAAAUAUACUGCAUAUAAGACUCCCUUUUUGGUCUCAUGGAAGCCUUGAUUCAUUUCCAGAGGCUGUUUUCAUUUGUCUUGAUAAGCAAACUCAAAAUCAAUUGCACUAGUCGUAAGACUGAGUAACAGCAUAUAGUCUGCAUAUUUUAAUGUUAAAAUUCGAUUUUGUGAGUUAAGUUACACGUUGCUGUUACGUUGUUAUUGGAAAUAAUGUACAAUUAACCAGUUAAUUUGUCAAUAUGUUGGAUCUAAUAAAAUUCUUCUAAAAAAAUGAUGGCAGUUGCUCACCGUUCGCUCAAAUGAAUCAUUCAUAAAAAGAGCAAGAAACUUAAUCAGUGACUCGUAUGUGACAAUAAUUACUUUAUUUAGGGCUAUUCUGAGAUAAUUUAAUUUCCAAGGG